UUUUGAAGGAGGCCGGAUGCAAGCGGUGCUUCGCUCAGCGGUGGAACCGCUGCGAUUUCACCCCUCCAUCUCAACUUGAGGAUUUCUUUUGAGUGGGCUUCUCCGCACUCACCCCCACACUCACUCAACUCUUCGCAACCUAAGUCAACUUAACCUCACUCUAAUUGCGUACUAAGACCACUGUGCAACACCACACCCCCUGGAGAAAAUAACUCCAUCCAACAACACAAAUAAAGAUGGGCAAAGAUAAAAAGAGCAAGAGUGAGUCGAAAAAGGCGAGGCUCGCCGAGAAAAAGCAGAAGCAGGAGAAAAAGGCGGAGAAGAAGGCCAAAGUAAAAGCGUCAAAGGCAGAUGGCAGCGACGCCGAGGACGUCGACUUGGACGCUGUGCUCGAGGAGUACAAGAAGCGGCAGGAGCAGUUUCUCAAAGUCACCGAAACGGUGGUCGAUGGGCCGCCACGCGCGCGGUCUGCGGCGACGUUCCUGGCGAACCCGGCCAACAGCAACCAGCUGCUGCUCUUCGGGGGCGAGUACUUCAACGGCUCGCUGGCGACCUUCUUCAACGAUCUCAUGGUCUACUACAUCGACCGCGACGAAUGGCGCUGCGUCACGUCGCCCAACGCGCCGCUGCCCCGGAGCGGGCACGCCUGGACCCGCGGCGGCAACCAAAGCAACGCCGUGUACCUGUUCGGCGGCGAGUUCAGCUCGCCGAAGCAGGGCACCUUCUACCACUACAACGACUUCUGGAAGCUGGACCCGACCUCGCGCGAGUGGACGCGCCUCGAGCCCAAGGGCAAGACCCCGCCGGCGCGCUCCGGGCACCGCAUGACCUACUUCAAGAACUACAUCAUCCUCUUCGGCGGCUUCCAGGACACGGCCCACCAGACCAAAUACCUGGCCGACCUCUGGCUGUACGACACCACCAACUUCGUGUGGCACAACCCGGCCCUGCCGCCGGCCCAGCCCAAGCCGGACGCCCGGUCGUCCUUCACGCUGCUGCCGCACGAGCAGGGCGCCGUCCUCUACGGCGGCUACUCGCGCGUGAAGGCCACGGCGCCAACCAACAAGCAACAAAAACAGCAGCAGCAGCAAUCCUCCCGCGGCGGCGGUGGCGGGGGGCAGCGCAACGUGCUCCGCCCGCAGAUCCACACGGACUGCUUCUUCCUGCGGAUCACGCCGCCGGCGAGCGACGCGCCGGCGGGCACGGCGCCGACGGUGCGGUGGGAGCGGCGCAAGAAGCCGGCCAACGCGCCGGACCCGCCGCGGGCGGGCGCGACCAUGGCCUUCCACCGCGGGCGAGGGAUCCUGUUCGGCGGCGUGCACGACGUGCAGGAGAGCGAGGAGGCGAUCGAGAGCGAGUUCUUCAACGGCCUGUUCGCGUGGAACAUCGAGCGCAACCGCUUCUUCCCGCUCGUGCUGAGGAAGAGCGCCCGGGCGAAGGCCGGCGGCGGUGGCGGCGGUGGCGGCGGUGGCGGCGGGCGCAGGGCCCGGGCGAAGGAGAAUGAGGAGGAGCUGCUGCGGCAGCUGGCCGCGCUGCGGGCUGGCGUGGCGGUGGAGGAUGCGGACCAGAUGGAGAUUGACGAGGGGGAGCGGGCGGGGAGGGAGAAGGAGGCGGAGGCGGCCGACGAGAGGAAGGCGGUGCGGGAGAUGCCGGUGAGCAUGGAACUCCCGCACCCGCGGUUCAACGCCCUGCUCGCGGUGCAGGACGACGUGCUGUACAUCUACGGCGGCACGUUUGAGAAGGGGGAUCGCGAGUUCACGUUCGAUGAUAUGUACGCCAUCGACCUCGGCAAGUUGGACGGGUGCAAGGAGAUCUUUAGCAGGCAGGUGGAGGACUGGGUGGAAUCCGAAUCCGAGGACGAAGACGAUGAAGACGAGGACGAGUACGAGGACGAGGAGGAAGACGAAGAUGGCGACGUCGAGACGGCGGACGAGGAGCCAAAGGCGCAGCCGUUUACGCCGAGCAAGAGGAAGAAGAAGCAGGAGGCUGACGAAGGUUCAACUGCGGAUGCAACCUCUACGGCGCCGUCUACAGCGCCGUCCAAGGAGGAGGAAGAAGACGAGGCCGAGUCGGCAGCCACGACAGUUGAAGAUGGGCUGCCGCAUCCAAGGCCAUUCGAGACCCGCCGCGACUUCUUCCAGCGCACGUCCAACGAGUGGCAGGAGAUCCUCAUGGCGAGCCUGCGGCGGAAGGGGGUGCAGCCCGAGUCGCUGACGAUCAAGGAGCUCAAGGCGAAGGCGUUUGAGCUGAGCGAGCAGAAGUGGUGGGACUGCCGCGAAGAGAUCACACAGCUCGAGGAGGAGCAGGAGGCGGCGGGCAUCGGCGAGGUUGUCUCGCUGGCGGACCGCGGCGCACCGGGGGCACAGGGUGCAGGCGGCGCUGGUGCGAGGCGGAGAUAGACCCGUCGGCUGAGACUGAGAGUUACUUGCACGGUUGGUUGUUGGUGCAUGUAGAAGUCAGAAGUCGGCCGACUCUUCUCUGCUUUGGCUGUGCCCGACCACUCGCGCCCUCGACUAGGUGACUUGUCCUGGGGUACCUACCUGGCAGUGAAUGUGCGGAACACUACCUUACCUAGUGUGGUUGGUAUGAUGGGUGCACAGUGCCAAAUAAAUUCCUGCCGACCAGAUAGACUCGGUUCUCUUUCCAUGCCUUCCUUCAAUCUUGACCUAACUCAGGUAGAUGCCACUUGCCCACUGUACUCCGUUGUGUAAGUAGACCCAUCCCAGCGCUGUA